UUUAAAUCUGAAGUCAUCGUAAGCAACAACAGCACAGUUUCAAAAGAAACAACAAAAAUCUCUGUGAAGCUGAGCAGGUUUGUCAAAUUAACUUUGAUCCUUAUCCACCAAACUGAACAGCAGAAUGCACACAUUUUGCAGCAAAAAGCCCUGGAAAUGAUCAAGAUGCAUUGCUUCAGUGGAAUUUAUCAGUAAAAAGACACAAUGCUCAUCUUGAAAUAUCCUUUAGUCUCAUAUUUGUUUGGCUCACAGGUUCUCUAACACUCAGUAGAAGUACAUAGAAACCCUGAAAAGCCAGUUUGAAUUUAGUUUCAAAUCAAAACAUUUGCAGGAAGUAGCAUUAUCAUGUCAACAAAACUGAUGAAAAGACAUGUUUGGAAGGUAAAAGCUUCAUUUUCCAUCCAUGCUUUUAAUGCAGACGCAGGAAUAAUGAGGUCACUUCAAUGACUUCAGAGAGCAGCUCAAACUUAGACGUGAACCAGAGGAGGUCAAAAGUAAAAUCCAACCCCAACAAACAAACAUCCCAUGACCGUGAUGUUGCAGUAAGACUCCAGAAAAUGAAUCUGAGUCAGUGCUUCAUGAAGGUUUCCUCCCUAUUUGACCUUCUUGUGACUGCAUGACAGUCUGAUGGAACAUAGUUCUGACAGGAAACUGAUGAAAGAGUUUUUGUUCAGCUUUGAAUCACAUUGCAGGUCAUUUCCAACAAAGACUUCACUUUGACAUUUUAAGCUAAGGCAGUCCUUUCAUGUGUCACAGAAUUCCUGAAAUUUGAUGUUUUAAAAUGCAAAAGGAGGUUUUAGCAAUGGAAAUAUGACCUCAUUUGCAUUCAUGUCCACAACAGAAAUCUGAAAAUUGGGCAAAAUAAUUCCAAUUUGUUGACACAUUACAGUUGAACUUCUUUAGUUUUUUUCCUCUUACUCACUCCAUUUAUUAGAAAAUACCAUCAACGACCAGAAAAUCUCAAUUUCUGAUGCACUUUUAUGAGUGAAAUGUUCUCUAAAUCUGACUGUGAAUGAUAUAAGAACACGACUUUCUGUGAAAACCUGCAGAUGGGAAUAAAAACUGACAUUUUGAUGUUUAUGGUGCAGAAGUGGAGAUUAGUGCCCAAGAAUCUGAGAAAAUGUGUUUUCUGAACAAAACCUACAGACAAAAAGACACAAAAUACAGUCAAAUAAACACCUCGGUGUAUUUUGUACGUUUUUCAUUUUAUAGAAGCUAAUCUAUGUGCAUGAAACAAGGGUUUGGUCUUUAGAUGUUAGACAGUUUCUCACUAAGCUCCCUGGAACUUCACAGGAACUUCAGUGGUCAAAAGAGUAGUAGCUUCACCCAUAAAUUCUGACAUGAAGCGAUGAAUGAAAUGAGCCUCUGCUUCCUCAUUUCACUUCAUUCUUGGCAGCCGUUUCCUUGAAAUGGUGCCAAGUUAUCUUGGUUUCUCAUCAUAAGACCUGCAUGGUUCUUUCACCUGAUCCUAAAGUGUUUGAUAAAAACGAGGCUCAGCGCCACAGAAACUCAGAAGUCGAGGAGGAGACGUUAAAUCAGGUGACUGAAACUGCAGGUUUGACUUCUGAAGCAGCUGAAAGGCUGGAGAAAAAAAUGCACAGAAUGACUGCGAUGGAUCUGAACUGGAGACUCACUGCUGUGGCUGUGCUGCUGCUCUCUCUGCUCCACAUCACUGCAGCUGUCAGCCUGAAGGAACAUCUGGCCGACUGUCUGGAGGACAAAGACUACGAGGAGCUGCUGCAGACGGUGAAAACCGGCCUUCCACACAUCCACAAACAUCAUCAUGUUGUUGUUGUUGGAGCCGGCAUGGCUGGACUGACGGCUGCCAAACUGCUGCAAGACGCCGGACAUAAAGUAACUAUAGUGGAGGCCAGUGGUCGUGUUGGUGGACGAGUGGAAACGUACAGGAAUGAAGACGAUGGCUGGUACGCUGAACUGGGGGCCAUGAGGAUCCCAAGUUCUCACCUCAUCGUCCACUGGUUUGCUGAACAGCUGGGGGUCGAGCUAAAGGAAUUCAUCAUGGAAGACAACAACACCUUCUACCUGGUAAACGGGCAGCUGAAGAGGACGUACGCGGUGAAAGAUAAUCCCGACAUCCUCAAGUACGAUGUGCUACCGAGCGAGAAAGGAAAGUCGGCCGAUAAGCUGCUGCAGCUCGCUUUGCAGAAGGUGAAAGAUGAAGUGGAGGCUAACGGCUGUUGGGCAGCACUGAAAAAAUAUGACCAUUAUUCUGUGAAGGAGUAUCUGAAAGAAGAAGGAGGUCUGAGUCCAGAAGCCAUUAGGAUGAUUGGAGAGCUGCUUAAUGAGCAGAGCCUCAUGUACACGGCACUGAGCGAGAUGAUCUAUGACCAAACUGACAUCAAUGACAACGUCACGUACCAUGAAGUUACUGGUGGCUCGGACCGUCUCCCCAAAGCUUUUCUCGAUGUCCUCAAUGCCACUAUUCUCCUGAACUCCAAGGUCAAGCGUAUUAGCCAAUCAAGUGGCGGCAUCACUGUAUCAUACCAGAAAGGUGAAGAGUCUUCUCUUAACGACCUUUCUGCCGAUGCUGUCCUAGUAACAACCACAGCCAAAGCAGCCCUCUUCAUAGAGUUUGAACCACAUCUGUCCAACAAAAAGAUGGAGGCUCUGAGGGCGAUCCACUACGACAGCUCCACUAAGGUUCUUCUCAUCUUCAAGGAAAAGUUCUGGAAGGAAGACGGAAUCCAAGGAGGGAAGAGCAUCACCGAUGGGCCAUCUCGCUACAUCUACUACCCCAGCCACAAUUUCCCAGACAAUGACACUGUCGGCGUCCUCCUGGCUUCCUACACCUGGUCCGAUGACUCCCUCCUCUUCAGCGGCGCGAGUGACGAAGACCUCAAAGAGCUGGUUCUGAGAGAUCUGGUGCAGAUCCACGGUGAGAAGGUCAGAGGUCUGUGCACCGGGGUGUUGGUGAAGAGGUGGAGCACGGAUCCGUACAGCCUGGGCGCCUUCGCUCUCUUCACACCCUACCAACACUUAGAAUACGCCAAGGAGCUCUUUAGACGUGAAGGCAGAGUUCACUUUGCUGGAGAACACACAGCCUUCCCUCAUGCUUGGAUCGAGACAUCCAUGAAAUCUGCAGUGAGGGCUGCGACCAACAUCAACAAGGCAGUGCUACAGAAAUCAGAGCCAGCGCGAGAUGAGCUUUAGGAUCUGAGUGUUGCAGUAUUGAUUAAAAGAAAGUAAUUAUAUGGAAAAUUAAUCAGGAAAAGCUGAAUGUGAAAUUUGAGACAGUUUCUCAUUGUUUUAUUAAUUUUUGCAAAGAAAUGUUCCCAGAAAGUUCUGCAGAGAUCUUCUAAUGUUUUCAGCAGGAGGUUUUCUUUUAGCUCUCAGAAUGUUCCUCUCAAAGGCAGCAAAAACUAAAUAAAAUAUUUGGUGAUAACAUUGUUAGAUUGUUGUGCACUAACAUUCUCAAAUGUUCUUUGUUGUCUACUACCACUGUGGAACAUGGUGGGAACAAUGUAUAAUUUCUGUAAUGUGUUGUCUCAAUAACAUCCAUAAAAUGUCCUCAGAACAGUACAGGAACUGCACUGUACUGUUCUGUCAUCUGAGGUCAUGACAGCAUCUUUUGAACAAUUUUUUUAAAUGCCACAAUAAGACUCUUUCCUUUUCCAGGAACAUUACUGUGAAUGAAAACAUUCUGAACAUACUCUUUGGACAUUUGAUUUAAAAACAUUUUCUCAAAAACAAUGCUAGAACAUGUACUUAAUGUUAGCUGAUUAUUGUGGGAAUGUUCCUUAACAGCUGGAUUCUAAAGCUGGGGUUUUAAAAGUUGGAAAAUGAAUCCACAUUUUAUUAACUAAAGGUGUUUUUCAAAAUAAAGGACACUUCCUGGCAGG